ACAGUUGUAUUUGUAUCAAAAGGCCAGGUGAAGGCAGCAACGAGUUUUAUUCGAGUAAAGUUGGCUGAUAUUUAGUACUGUACAUAUUUGUGAGUUUUGUAAAAAUCGGUUAUGUUAAAAAAAUAAUAGUAACACCGUCAAUUUGAUCUUUAAAGACCGCUAAAAAUUGUUUACGUUUGUUUUACGAUUUGUUUACACAUGGUUUACACUGACAACUGAAGUAUCAUAAUAUUUUUGAUGAUUUGGUAUAACCUCAAAUUGCGGCAAUAGCUUGUGAUAUUUAUUAUCUUUAUCUGUUAUCACUUUAUAAUGUCGAAGCGCGUUGCAGACAAAGAAAUUAAUCAAGAUAAUUGGGAUGAAAAUGAAGAUUCAGAAGAAGCAGGAACUUUCCAGCAAGCCGCUGACCAUAUUCUCAAAUCUAGGGUUAUCAAAACCGCUAGACGUCGAAAUAAUGCUACAGAAUCAUCUGGUGCUGCCAAACCUAUAUUCAGUGGUUUUAGUUUUACUAAACAACCUGAACAAGAAUCGUCCAAACCUGCGUCCCUGCAUUUUGGAAAUACUUCUAAACUUGGAAGUACUAAAGACAAUUCAGUUUCAGAAUCAGACAAAGAGAAGUGUCCAAGAGAUAAUGAGUUUUUCACACAAAUAAGAAGCUUAAACAAAAGUGUUUCUCAAUGGAUUAAAGAGCACGUAGAUAAGGAUCCAAUUUGUGUUUUAACACCUAUAUUUAGAGACUAUGAAAAACAUUUAAGAGAAAUUCAAGAUAAAUAUGAAAAAAGAAAGGAAUCAAUAAGCUUUAAUUCGGCAAAUUCUGUUACUGAUAGUAUUAAACCUCUGAGUGACUCUGAUAAAGGUCGCUCUCCGGAUAAAUUAGAACAUAAAACUGAUAAUUCUUUAAAAGUCUCAGCAGAAGAAGCAAAACAAAAAUCAAUAUUUGGUACAGGCUCUGCAACAUUUUCAUUUGGAAAUAGUACUACUAGUCCCCCAAGCACAUUGCCUACGGCUGGCUUCAGUUUUGGCAUGGGAACACCAUUUACUUUUGGUAAUGCUGUCUCAAAUCCAAGCUCAACUAAAGAAUCAACACCAAGUCAGUCCAGUGUUCAAGAAGAUCCUGAUGAAGAUGAACCUCCUAAAGUUGAAUUUAAAGCAGUAAUUGAAGAAGACAGUAUUUAUACUAUACGCUGCAAAGUUUUUAUUAAAAAGGAUGAGAACUAUGUUGAUGGUGGUGUGGGAAAUUUAUUCUUGAAACCUGUGAAAGAUAGGAAUAAGAUGCAACUAAUAGUAAGAGCUGAUACUAAUCUGGGUAACCUUCUUUUGAAUGUUCUAUUAUCUGAUUCAAUACCUACAAAAAGAAUGGGCAAAAAUAACGUUAUGAUGGUUUGUAUACCUACACCAGAUAAACCUGCACCUACUUCAAUUUUAUUGCGAGUGAAGACUUCAGAACAAGCAGAUGAACUGUUGGAAAUGAUUGAUAAGCAUAAGUGUUAAUUUCUUUUGUUAAGAUUAUUUUUUAUGCUGAUAUUAAACAUUCAUUGUGAGGUUUAAUAUGAAAUUGUAUUUCAAAAUAUAAUAAAGCUUCACUACAUUAUACACAAAUUUAUAUUUAUAUUAUUUUUCAUAAUAAACAAAUCUUUUUAUA